AAAACCGCUGCUUUCGUUCUUCAGUUCAAUCAGUGAGCUUUCGUCUUGUUUCGAACCGGAAGUGCGCAGUAGUAUUGAUAGAUCCCAUUUACCAGUUAUGUGUCUUCAGAUAACACGGUAGUUUUAUGCGUAGUGUUAUAUAUUAUCCAGAUAUUUUAACUUAAGCAUUGAACGUACCUAUGAACAUGCCGGAUAUCCAUACACCAAGUAUUGUCCGUGUUACAGUUAGUAAUUCACUGACGUCUUUCGUCAGCGAACGAAGAUUUGACCGCGGUUUACCUAUCCCUGAAAUAAAGGGCAAGUUAGAGUUAAUGACAGGAUGUAUGUCUCAAUCCAUGCAACUUGAGGUUUACUCCAAGGAAGAUAAACUGUUGUUUAAAAUCGGUGACACAGAAGAAUUGUUGGGAUCAUUCGCGAUAGAUGAUGGAAUGAGAAUCCAUGUUAUUGAUACAAAUCCACAACAAACUGACUUCACUGAUGUUUCCCAGUGUGAGAAAUACAACAUGCCUGAUGAAAAUUACAACUCGAAGAGAGACACAGUUCGAUCUUUCUUGAAGAACAACAAAAAGGGAAGAUUUGAUCCGAAGAACAUGGAGCAGAGCAAGUUGAUGAAGGAGAAGUUGUUGCAAGAGGAAGAGGAAGCAAUGCAGAAGAUCCACGUUGGAGACCGAUGUGAGGUAUCAACACCUGGUCAACUUGUAAGGAGGGGGUGUGUCAAAUUUAUUGGGUACACAGAGUUCAAACCAAACCUUUGGGUUGGGGUGGCAUACGAUGAACCCCAUGGUAAAAAUGAUGGUUCUGUUGAGGGGAAACGUUACUUCACAUGCGAACCCAAAUAUGGGGCGUUUGUCCGACCCAAAGUCGUACAAGUUGGAGAUUUUCCUGAACUUGAUAUUUUUGAUGGUGAUGAUGAAAUGUGAAAAGCAUUAUUUUCGACGAUACACUUAAAGUGAAAAUGCUGCAAAAUAUCAAAACGUAUCUAAUUUUUAUCGAAAAGAAGGUUAAAUUUAGGGGGGGAAAUAGUUCCCUUUUGUAAACUAUAGGCAUGAAAUAACCAUGCUUCAUUGAACCAUAAAUUUGUUUUUUUGCGUGUCAUAUAAAAAAUUAUUUAAAAAUACAGCUCGAACCUUUUUGUAAAUUCCUGAAUGCACCCCUGUCUGUAUUUACCAGUGUGGUCAAUACAUUACAAAAUAAGUGUGUAAGUAAGUUAAUAUAAGUUAAAGUGUAAUUACAACGGUCUCUUUAAUGGUUAUUGUAUUUUUGUGAUUUAAAGCUUUUCUCUAAACUGGUGCUUUUUAUUAUUGUAUUUAACACUGUUUAAACAAGUGUUUUUCUUCAUGUUAUAUAAUUGUUUCUGUUAUAUGUAUCAUAUUAUCAACCUUUUUGUUUGUACUGUUCCAUACUGUGUCACUUGCUUGGUUUCUUUCCAAAUUCAUUCUUUUAAAUUGCACAUAUCUAAACAUAAUGGUAAUAGUUUGUCUGGAAAAACAAUAAUAUCCUGGUUUCCUCGAUUUUUUUAGUACUUUUGUAAAGACUAAAAACUGAUACAGUGCCAUCUAUUUCACAUAGGUUUAAUUUAAUUAAUUUGUAAUUUUGUCUCUUAUCCCUUUA